AAUAUGGGCCGAGUCAUCAUUUCAGUCGCAAGCUAAGCUAGCUACUAGCCAUAGAUUGCAAGGACCACAAAAACGACUGCGUUACAUGCUCGCACCGCGAACGUAGAAGACGAUGCAGUGGUACUUCGUUGCGGCGCUCCUCACCAUUCUCACCAGCUCCCAGGGGAUUUUGACAACACUCUCUCAAAGUAAUGGACGGUAUUUGUAUGACUAUGCAACCGUUCCAUUUCUUGCAGAAGUUUUUAAGCUAGUGGUUUCUAGUUUACUUCUUUGGCAAGAGUGCCGGGUAUCGCCUUCUACAAGGAUGACCACGGGCUGGAAAAGUGUGCGGUUAUUUCCUAUUCCUUCGGUCAUAUAUCUAGUUCAUAACAAUGUUCAAUUUGCUACAUUAACUUACGUGGAUACGUCGACCUACCAGAUUAUGGGUAAUCUGAAGAUUGUGACCACUGCCUUACUAUUCAGGCUAUUCCUGAGGAGGAAGCUGUCUAAUAUAAAAUGGAUGGCUAUUUGUCUAUUAGCUGUUGGAACAACCACAAGCCAGAUUAAAGGUUGUGGAGAAGCUUCAUGUGACUCUCUAUUCUCAGCACCAAUCCAAGGGUAUAUGUUGGGGAUUCUAUCUGCUUGUCUAUCGGCAUUGGCAGGCGUUUACACAGAAUUUCUGAUGAAGAAGAACAAUGAUAGCUUGUAUUGGCAGAAUGUACAAUUAUAUGCGUUUGGUGCAAUUUUCAAUAUGGCACGGCUUCUUGCAGAUGAUUUCAGGGGUGGAUUUGAGAAUGGUCCUUGGUGGCACCGUAUUUUUGAUGGAUACAGUAUUACAACUUGGAUGAUUGUAUUAAACCUUGGAUCCACAGGCUUGCUGGUUUCAUGGUUGAUGAAGUAUGCUGACAAUAUUGUGAAGGUGUAUUCCACAUCAAUGGCCAUGCUGCUUACAAUGGUUUUAUCUGUAUACCUUUUCGAUUUCAAGCCUGCACUGCAGCUUUUCUUAGGUAUUAUUAUCUGUAUGAUGUCCCUACACAUGUAUUUUGCCCCUCCAAACAUGCUGGUGGAUUUGCCAUCAACCACUGAAGCAUCCCAUGAGAGUCUAAAAGAAGUUUGUGUUGAACGAAGAACAGAUUCCUGGUGUUUCUCUUGUUCAAGGAAACUGAUAACUUUUGUCAGAUGCCCAGUGGAAAUGGCUACUAACUUAUUAAUGAAUUGCAAUAUUCCAUGGAAUAUAUGGAGAGGGGAUACCACACAACGUCCAUCGAGAAGCAUCUGUAGUUGGAAACCACCCUGUUGACAUCUGGGUUCUUCAGGGGAACAGAACAAUCCCCCCCGCUUACAAUUACUAUCCUGAGUUGUGACAGAACAAAUGUAUUCCAUUUUUUACAUGAACAGACUGACAUGUAGAUUGUUUUCAAAAUAUUUUUUAGCUCCAUGUACUGAUAAUCUUGUUCAAAACUUAAAUUCCACUAA